AUGUUCAAAAUUAUCGUGUGCAUCGUGUUGGCUCUGUUUAGUCACGCUGAAUGCAAACCAUACUCCAGCCCAAAGCCAUAUCCAGACCCUCAGCGACAGUGUCGAACAGGUCACUGCAACGUGAACCCUUCUCUGCGGUACGAUUCUUCCUUCUACCCGUCAGCAAAUCAGUUACAACGUGUUGGAGUCUAUCCCGGUUGUGAUGCCGAUGACAGCGAUGAAGUUGAAGAAAGUCAGCCACCCCCACAAAUGCCCCCAUCUGAGCCCAGCGAUAAUUCACUUCCCGUUUCCGUGUGCGUACAACUUCCACCCAAAACUGCAUUGAAACUGCCGAAAUGUGUGCUCCAGCAAAUUGUGUACGCUUUGACCAAGGACGACAACGCUUUGGAACCCCAGCCCGAAACAACGGUUGCACCAUGCACUCAGACGACGACCCCGCCACCUCAAACGACGACAGCUCCAUGCACCCAACCACCCCCAGUGCUGCCACCUGCACCGAUUGUCUACCCGGGUUAUCCAAUAAUGCCCUCUCUGAAAACUACGACCGCAUCGCCAGUGGUGUAUCCUCCACCGAUUUCUGCACUGAAACAACCUUACAAACCAUCCAGCUACUGCGGCUCGUGUCGGUCGUCGCUUACACCACGGUACAAUAAAUCGUGA